ACGAUACUCUUGUAGAAGUUCAUGCUCCAAGCGGUAUUAAUGGUGUCUCGUAUGCGUACGCAAAGGGCCCAGCUGGCCAAACACCAUUCCCAACACUUGUCGCGAUGUCUGGUUACUUUCCUCAAGACCAAUUGCAACCCAAGUCCCCUACCCACUGGAGCUACAGCAAUCCAUAUGCCCCUCCUUCCAUGAUGCCCAAGCACGAGGAAGAACCAUCGUCAGUGAUCUCCCCUCAACGACUACUCCCUGAGAACUUGAUGCCAAAGCAGAGCGCAACAGUGAAUGAGAUAUCCUCUUUGCAGCAACAGCAAUAGCCAGACUGGUUCUGUUCUUUCUGUGCCAGCGAUAGUAUAUAUUCUGUGAAAAAUGUUGUAUUAAACAUUGCACAUAUUGUAUCCCAGACAGUGCGCAGCAGUUCA